AUGAACUUUUUCCCUUUCCAGUUCUCAGGAAAAUUUAGAUGACGCUUUUAUUGCAACUUUAAGUUAUUUAACUGAACUGCUGGUUUAGCGGUAAGCAGUAUUGAAAAUUAUUCAAGUUGAAAAAAUUGCUUAAUAAAUUACUCAGAAAAAAUAUCAUUAUUUUCUGUUACAUCAGAUACUUUAAUUGAAGAUUUAGUUCAAAGAGAAUUUUUGAAACUCGGCUCUUCAUUAUUUUAUAUAUUCUCUGACAAAAAUACUUCUAUUAAAAUCUAG